AUGUCUCUAAGCCUUUGUUUUUGUUUGAGAAAGAAACCAAAUUGAGUCUAAAAAAUUGUCAGUAAACGACUGCCGACUUAGCGGAUGCGUGCAUUGUUUCCAACCCCAAAAUUUCCCUUUCAAUCUCACAAAAGCCAACCCUCAAGUUUCCUUUUAAACAGUUUCCGAAUUCCAAAUUACAUUGAUUAAAAAUUCAAAAGUCCACCUCCAUUUUCGCUGCAGAAAAUCUUUGAACAUGGAGGUCGACGGCGGCGCAGUGGAGUCUCAGCCGAGAAAAUUCUCUCUUCCGGUGGACUCUGAAAAUAAAUCCACUAAGUUCAAUAUCUUUUCCGUCGCCGCGCCCCACAUGCGAGCAUUCCAUCUCUCGUGGAUUUCUUUCUGCGCGUGCUUCAUCUCCAGUUUCGCGGCGGCGCCACUCCUCCCGGUGAUCCGCGACAACCUUAACCUCACCGACACGGACAUUGGCAACGCCGGAAUCGCCUCCGUCUCCGGCGCCGUAUUCGCCCGAAUCAUGAUGGGCUCCGCCUGCGAUUUGGUCGGACCGCGGCUUGCCUCCGCCACCCUCAUCCUCGUCACUUCCCCGGCGGUUUAUUUAACCUCAAUAGCCUCAUCCCCUGCUUCGUUCUUCCUCGCCCGGUUCUUCACCGGCUUCUCCCUCGCCACAUUCGUCUCCACCCAAUUCUGGAUGAGCUCCAUGUUCUCCGCCACCGUCGUCGGCACCGCCAACGGCGUCGCCGGCGGCUGGGGGAACAUGGGCGGCGGCGCGACGCAGCUAAUCAUGCCGUACGUCUUCGCAAUCAUCGAGCACAUGGGUGCCACCAAAUUCACCGCGUGGAGAAUCGCGUUCUUCAUCCCGGCUCUGUUCCAGACCCUCUCGGCCUUCGCGGUGCUAAUACUCGGCGAGGACACCCCCAACGGCAACUUCCGGCGCUUGCAGAAAUCCGGCGACAAGGCGAAAGACAAAUUCUCGAAGGUGAUUUACCACGGAGCGACGAAUUACAGAGGGUGGAUUUUGGCUUUAACUUACGGGUACUGCUUCGGGGUGGAGUUGACGAUUGAUAACAUAAUCGCGAACUAUUUCUAUGAUCGGUUCCAUCUGAACCUGCACACGGCGGGGAUUGUGGCGGCGAGUUUUGGGCUGGCGAAUUUGUUUUCUCGGCCGUAUGGUGGGAUUUUGUCGGACGUGAUGGCGAGGAGGUACGGGAUGAGGGGGCGGCUGUGGGCGCUGUGGGUGGUGCAGACUUUGGGGGGCGUUUUGUGCGUGAUUCUUGGGUUGGUUGGUUCUUUGGGCGUCUCGAUUGCGGUUAUGAUGGUCUUCUCUGUGUUUGUUCAAGCUGCCUGUGGCCUUACUUUUGGCGUCGUUCCUUUCGUCUCUCGCAGGUCAUUGGGGGUGAUAUCUGGGAUGACGGGAGGGGGAGGAAACGUGGGGUCUGUGUUGACUCAGCUGAUAUUCUUCAGAGGGUCUCGCUACACAAAAGAGAGAGGCAUCAGUCUGAUGGGAGUGAUGAUCAUCGCCUGCACAAUCCCUCUUCUGUUCAUCUAUUUCCCUCAGUGGGGCGGCAUGGUGUGCGGCCCCUCCUCCUCCAAGAUUGCUUCCGAGGAGGAUUACUAUUUGUCCGAGUGGAGCCCUGAGGAGAAGGCCAAAGGCCACCAUUUGCUCAGCCUUAAGUUCGCUCACAACAGUCGCACUGAGAGAGGCAAAACCCAUAACUCCACUGCUGCUGCUGAUCAUGCAAUUGCAGAUCCUCCCCAUGUCUAAAUUGCUUCUUUUUCUUUUUGGGCUUAAGGCCCACUAUCCUACCUCUGCCAUAUGGCCCAUUUCUUUGUUUCCUCCAGGGCCACCCCACCCUGCAUCGUCUCACAAUAUUUAUAUCAUUAGAAGGAAAAAAAAAAAAAAAACUAUUUCGGAUGGUAAUCUGUACUUUAUCCGAAAAUAUGUUAUCACUUAUUAGAAGAAUGGGGAGCCUUCUCCCCUGGUUAGAAGGGAAACGGAGCACUGAAAUGUGUUCGAAUUGACUAUUUCCUAAUAUCACGUGUGCUACAAUUGCUAGAAGUAAGGAAGUUCUAGGAUGGGUUCGGAAUGAGUUUGAUAAAAAUAACAUUAAUUAAGUGCUUCUCCUUA